UCCCUGCCGCUCGCCCGCCACCCCCUCGUUCUCCCUGCCCCUUCCUCGCCGUGUCCCUGCCGCCCGCCGCCUCCCUCCCGUCCUGCCGCCGCUUUCCUCCCUCAGUCACGCACCUCGCUGGCUUUGCACCCCGUCCCUCCCUCUCCACCGCCGUCCGUACCCCUUCCUCCCUUUCCGCUGGCUUCUUGCGCUCCCCUGCUCUCGGGCUUCUUCCCGGGAAGCGUCUCCCUCGGCCCCAUCCGCUGUGCCCGCAGACCCCGUCUGUGCCCCUGUCCCCAGGCUGCGUCCUGGGGUGGGGAGCUGGGGGUGACGCACCAGGCGCCAGUGGGAAGUCAGGCUGGAGACCAGAUGGAGAGGCGCCUGGGCAGAUGUGCGCAGGCCUAAGCCCCCCAGUAGCCUGGACGUGGGUGCCCUGCAGGGUCCCCAGCUAGGGGAAGGGGCGGCAGAAUGACAGCCACUCUGGUGGCAAGGAGGGGAGCCCUCAGCUCCUGGGCAGAGUCCUGGGGGCUCGGAGCAGCCGAGUGUCGGAGCUGGACGAAGCCAGAUGCAUCGUGUGGCCCUGCGUCCUGGGCUCCUGGGGCAGCUCCCGCGAGCUCCUCUGAGCUGGGCAGGGUGCUCGGGUCACUCCUGCUUAAUCUCUUCAACAACGCUGGGAGAACAGCCCUCGGAGGAGUCCGCCCCCGACUCUCAGGCAAGCCUGUGCCAAAGAUAAACCACACAGGGAAGCCUUCCCGCCCCAGAAUGAGCUAGAUCACGCCCAGGACUCCAGCUCCUUCAAGAAGAGGCGGCACCGACAUUGCAGGCCACCAGCUGACUUUGCCGGCUUCCCUUGGCGAUGGACACCCCUGGCUAUCCUCCACUGUUGCCUGCGACCUUGGGACCCGAUAACGCCUCCUUGUCCUGGCUCCUGGACGUCACUCUGGGAAACGCGUCCUUGGGCCCAAGCCCCGCAGGGCUGGCGGUCAGCGGCAUCCUGAUCCCUCUGGUCUACUUGGUGGUGUGCGUGGUGGGUCUGCUGGGCAACUCGCUGGUCAUCUACGUGGUCCUGCGGCACACCGCCAGCCCGUCGGUCACCAGCGUCUACAUCCUCAACCUGGCGCUGGCCGACGAGCUCUUCAUGCUGGGGCUGCCCUUCCUGGCCGCCCAGAACGCCCUGUCCUACUGGCCCUUCGGCUCGUUCAUGUGCCGCCUGGUCAUGGCCGUGGACGGCAUCAACCAGUUCACCAGCAUCUUCUGCCUCACGGUCAUGAGCGUGGACCGCUACCUGGCGGUCGUGCACCCCACGCGCUCCGCCCGCUGGCGCACCGCGCCGGUGGCCCGCGCGGUCAGCGCGGCCGUCUGGGUGGCCUCGGCGGUGGUGGUGCUGCCCGUGGUGGUCUUCUCAGGCGUGCCCCGGGGCAUGAGCACCUGCCACAUGCAGUGGCCGGAGCCGGCGGCCGCCUGGCGCGCGGGCUUCAUCAUCUACACGGCGGCGCUGGGCUUCUUCGGGCCGCUGCUGGUCAUCUGCCUCUGCUACCUGCUCAUCGUGGUCAAGGUGCGCUCGGCCGCGCGGCGCGUGCGCGCGCCCUCGUGCCAGCGGCGGCGGCGCUCGGAGCGCAGGGUCACGCGCAUGGUGGUGGCGGUGGUGGCGCUCUUCGUCCUCUGCUGGAUGCCCUUCUACGUGCUCAACAUCGUCAACGUGCUGUGGCCGCUGCCCGAGGAGCCCGCCUUCUUCGGCCUGUACUUCCUGGUGGUGGCGCUGCCCUACGCCAACAGCUGCGCCAACCCCGUGCUCUACGGCUUCCUCUCCCACCGCUUCAAGCAGGGCUUCCGCCGGGUCCUGCUGCGGCCCUCCCGCCGCGUGCGCAGCCAGGAGCCCGCGGGCCCCGAGGGGACCGAGGAGGACGAGGAGGACGAGGGAGAGGAGGGCGCGGAGGCGCAGCCCAGGGAGAGGAGAGGGAAGGAGGCGGCCGGCAGGGUCGGCCAGGCCGCGCAGCCCGGCACCAGCCGGCAGGGGCCGGCGCGCGAGGAGCAGCAGCUCCUCCCCCAGGAGCCCCGGCGGGGGAGAAGCGCAGCACCCCGCACCCCGCACGUCGGCUGUCUGUGAGGGUCGUGCAGGCAGGGCAGGGCCGCGGGCCUGCCCAGGGCAUCCCGCCUGAGCUCAGAGGCCCCAACUCUGAUCCCACUGCUGGGUGACCGUGGCAGGCCACUCUCCCUCUCUGGGCCUUGUUUCCUUCUCGGUUGGGAAUCAAGAGCCUGGAUGAGCUGUGUCAGAUGGAGGGAUCCGGAGGGCGUGGCCACGGGGUCCAGGUGCGGGACGCUGCAGCCUGCCCUCUCCCUCAGAGGUGGGGUAUCCUGGGGGAUGAACCUGCACCUCUGCCCGGCCCUCGGGGGAUAAGCCAGGUCUGAACUUGCUGGGCUCACACUCAGGGAUGGGGAGAUGCUUGGGACCGGACUGGAGCCCGGAACAGAAGGAGGUCGGGGUCGGUGGGGAGGGGACAGGGGAACUGCUCAGGCCCCAGGCCAGCUCUCCCCUGGCCUCACAAGCUGACAACUCGGUGACCUCCAGGCCCUGUGACUGCCGAGCAUGGGAAGAGUCAGCUUUUCCAGGAAGCUAAUGAAGUCUAGCUUCAGGGCGUCUUGCUGCUUGGGCCCUUUUCAGGCCCUGGGUCUAAUUUUGUACCUUGUGAUUUUGUAUUCCUUUUCUGGGAGAGGGACCCCAAAUUUCAUAAGCUUGGGCCACCCAGAGCCUAGCAGGGGCCCGCUGAGUUUAGCCCCUGGUCCGGAGGCAGCUCGCUUUAGGUCCUCCAGGGCUUCCCUCCAGGGGCCAGGAGCUCCAGCCUCCUCCUUGACCCACAGCCCCUCCCAGAUCCACACAGACUGGCCCGGGGAGCAGAGUGUCUGGGAGCAGUGAGAGGGGACGGUCAGAGAGGAAGAGGCUGGGAGGGCAGGCAGAGGGAGGAGAGGGAGGAGAGGAGGGACAGGGCAGGAGGAGGACAGAUCUGUUUUGGGACCUUGGAGCUGCCCUCCUCCCCUCCGGGCUGAGCUCAGUUGCAGCGUCUGUGGGACUGGGCUGGCCAGUGCCCAGCCUGGAGGAAAGGACACUUGGAGGGGGCGGGGGAGAGCUGCGCCCUGAACGGAUGGGGCCCUGGGAAUGGAGCUGGCGCCCAGGGAUGUCGGGAGGUAGGAGAACCCCUGCCCGGUGGGAUGCAGGCCUCCCUACCUUCCGUGUUCCCAGGGGACCCCAGGGAGCGCCACCGUCCAAGGCUGGGUCUGGAUCCCCUCCCAGAGCUGACCCUGUGGGGCCACCGUGAGGCCGGCCCCAGGGAGGGUGGUUCUUCUGGCUAAGCCCUGCACCACGUGCCCCCAGAGAGGGCAGGCUCCUCAGGGAAAACACAGGGACCAGGAAAGAGAAGACCUGGCUCCUCCGCUCACCUCAGGACCCUUGAUGCCUUGACCUCUCUGGGCCUCAAUUUCCCAUCAGGAAACAGAGGCCAUGACCCCAGCUUGCUGCCUGCGGGGGCCCGGGGUGAGAAAUGAGUGAGCAGGGUGAGCAGCAAUGAGUGAGCAGGGUGAGCAGCGGCUCUCACACCAGCAGGGUCACGUCAGAGCACAAAGUGGGCGGGCCUCCCCCCAGGCCUGGCCGGCACCCCCUUCUUUAGCAAGUGGCCUUUUGGAGCUUUUGGAGGAGAGAACACCGUAGGCCAUGCAGAAUGGCGAGAAGGUGGCCAGAGGCCAAGGGUCAGAGAGGCAGGGCUAGGCGAGGGGAAGUUCACUAUCCUGGCCUCAUGUGGAGGCUGGAGGCCAGACACUGGCUCUGGGGCUUGGCUGGGGGCUCCCCUGAGGAGGAUCUGAGGGACUUUCCUGAUGACUCUGCUCCCCAACUACCCGGGCAGGUCAGCACUGGGGCUGGGCUGCUGGUUAAGAAAUCUUACUGCCUCUGCCCCUAGGACUUGUCAAUAAAGACGGUGACACAUGAUAACAGCAGUGGCUCAGGUCACUUCGUCUGUGGGAUGCCGUGUGUUCGGAUGGUGUGAGUUUAUGGGUGUCCGGGGCCCACAUUUUUUUCUGUACUGGGGAUUGAACCCAGGGGUGCUCUUCCACUGAGCCACACCCUCGGCCCUUUUAUUUUUUAUUUUGAGACAGGGUCUCGCAAAGUUGCAGAGUCUGGCCUUGAACUUGCAAUCCUCCUGUCUCAGCCUGGGAUUAAGGUGUGUGCUCCCAUUAUUUUAUGAAACAACGGGACUCAUGUCCUGGGCCGACUUCCAGUUUCACGAGCAGGAUCACUUCACCUCCCUGAGACUCGGUCUCUGGUCUGAGAAAUGGGGAAGCCACCAUUCAACCUUACUAGGCUGUAACCUCAAGCUCUGGACUGGGGUAUAGGAGGUCUCCAAGGGUGUGGUGGCACAGAGACAGCCAUCUUCUGUCUUGACCGAGUUGAGUCCUCCCUUCCCCAGGUCACCGCUGACUGUUGACAAGCCACCUCUUGAUCAUGGGCACCCUGGUUAUCCACUGGUGCAUGUGAGCCCGGAACCUGGGAACAGUGUAUUCUAUGCACCCUGGCUUCUUUUUGUGUGGCUUCCCAGAGUUCAGGUCCUUUGAGGGACCUAGAAAAUGUCCUUGACAGACCUGGGCACAUCCUUACAGAUCUUGAUCCAAGAGCUGCAGGUACCAUUUCUUCCUAUUACCCAAAUAGCGAAGCUCAUGGAAGAAAGCCCACUGGCCCUAACUGAGUCACACGAUGGUCCCCUGGGCCAUCACCAAAGACAAGGUUAUAAGG